AUGGCUUCUAGGCCUCCUCAUAGUUCCGCCUCUGCUAGUGGUGGCAGUACACAAAGACUCACAGCCAAUGAUGCACUAACAUAUUUGAAGGAAGUUAAGGACAUGUUUCACAAUCAAAGAGAGAAGUAUGAUAUAUUCCUUGACGUAAUGAAAGAUUUUAAGGCUGAAAGCCACAAAACUCCUCAAGGUGGGUGCCAUAGAGAUACUGACGAUCGCACAGAAUGUUGUACUGCGUGGCGGAGAAUAUGCAAAGAUCCGGCGAUGUGGCGAGUCAUGUAUAUUCACAUUUCGGAGAAUUUGUUCCACAUGAAAUCUGUUCUUGAUAAGUUUGGUAGGCGCGCCGUUGAUCUGAGCGAAGGGAAAUCACUCGAAAUCAACAUUCAGUGCAUUGUCACCGAUGGGUAG